AUGAAGACCCUUUACUGUUCUGGAGAGGUGACAGACUGCAACAGAACGAUGGAGAAAUAUGAAAAGCUGGCUAAAAUCGGAGAGGGUUCCUACGGUGUGGUGUUCAAAUGCAGACAUAGAGACACUGGGCAGAUAGUCGCCAUCAAGAAGUUUGUGGAGUCUGAAGACGACCCUGUAAUCAAGAAGAUUGCAUUGAGAGAAAUCCGCAUGCUCAAGCAGCUGAAACAUGUGAAUCUGGUCAACCUGCUGGAGGUUUUCAGGAGGAAAAGACGGCUUCACCUCGUGUUUGAGUUCUGUGAGCAGACCGUCCUCAAUGAGCUGGACAGACAUCCUCGAGGGGUGCCCGAGGCUCAGCUGAAAAGCAUCGUGUGGCAGACUCUGCAGGCUGUAAACUUCUGCCACAAACACCAUUGCAUUCACCGUGAUGUUAAGCCAGAGAACAUCCUCCUCACCAAAACAGGAGUCAUCAAGCUGUGCGACUUCGGCUUCGCUCGCAUUCUGACGGGGCCAGAGGAUGACUACACAGAUUAUGUGGCGACCCGUUGGUACCGGGCCCCUGAACUGCUGGUGGGGGACACUCAGUACGGACCUCCUGUGGACGUGUGGGCUCUGGGUUGUGUCUUCGCUGAGCUGCUCCAUGGGAAUCCACUCUGGCCUGGAAAAUCUGACGUUGACCAGCUUUACCUCAUACGGAAAACUCUAGGUGACCUGAUCCCCCGCCACCAGCAGGUGUUCCGCUCCAACGUUUUCUUCAGCGGAGUCAGUAUUCCUGAACCCGACACGACGGAGCCCUUAGAAAAACGCUUCCAUGGAGUCUCUCCUCAUGCUCUUCAGGUUAUGAAAUCAUGCCUGGUGAUGGACCCAUCCCUCCGGCUGUCCUGUGAAGAGCUGCUGGAGCUGCCUUACUUCCAGGAGGAGGGAGCCAACUGGGGUCGUGAGAGUGAGCGUCCCGGUAGAAGACAUGACAAAAUGUCUCGGCGCAGACAGCCAGGAGCUCAGUACCUGCCUCAGUUACCAAACAGCAACAUCUCACCAGCUCCAGACGUAAAGAAGCAGGUGAAACAUAAAUAUCACCUGCCCAACAUCUAACAAAGC